GCAGCCCCGACGACGUCCACCACAUCCACCACAUGCGAUCCGUACUCCAUCCAUAGGCUUCUGCGAGUCGUAGUGACCUCGAACCAUCGAGUUGACCGCGCAUGGCACGCGCCCCGUGCCUUGCUUCUCGACUGCCAUGGGCUCCAUCGCCUUCGUUGUCUCUUCUCUGGAGACCAUAGCCGCCUCCAAGGAGGCCCAGCGAAACAAACAGCUCGCCGACCUUGCCGGCAAGGCUCUUCAGGCCAUCAAAGAAGGCGGCGAACAACCUCCCGAACCCGACGUCGUCUUUGCCCCCUUACAACUCGCCACCAAGACAGGCAGCCCCCAGUUGAUCAAUACUGCUCUCGAUUCCAUCCAAAAGCUCGUGUCUUCCUCUUACCUCUCCAGCCAUGUCGCCCCCGGCGCAUCAUCAGAAGUCGGAGCGGAUGGAGCCGAGCAGGCCCCAAUGCUCGACCGCGCCAUCGAUACGAUAUGCGACUGCUUCCAGGGAGAGACAACACCCGUCGAGGUGCAGCGCCAUAUCGUACAGGCCCUGCUCGCCGCUGUUCUGAACGAUAAGAUGGUCGUACACGGCGCUGGCCUGCUCAAGGCCGUGCGCCAGGUCUACAACGUCUUCCUGCUAUCGCGGAGCACAGAGAAUCAGCAAGCUGCUCAGGGUACGCUUACUCAGAUGGUCGGCAUGGUUUUUGAGCGGGUCAAGAUAAGACUGCAUAUGAAGGAGGCUCGCUUGAACCUGGGCAAGCUGAAGCACAGUUCUAGCAACGUUACCUUUGACCAGCCCGACACUGUCGCCAAUGAAAAUGGUGUCGACCGUGGCGACAACAUGGAUGGGUCGACGGGGGACAAUAAUGCCGACGAUGAGUCUGAAGUCGGCCCUCCACAAAACAUGAACGAUGGCGGUCCGAGGUUGACGCUUAAGGAUCUAGAGCACAGAAAGAGUUUCGAUGAUUCUAACCUAGGUGAGGUGCCAACAAUGGUGACCCAGGUGAAGACCGCUCGAAAGCCGGCGCGGAGUGUUUCGGAGCAGACGACACAGAGCGAUGCUGCGCCGACUGAAGCUGAGGACACGACAGAGUCUGCCGAUGCCGAGGAUGAGGUGUAUAUCAAAGAUGCUUACCUGGUCUUCCGUUCUUUUUGCAACCUUUCCACGAAAAUCCUCCCCCCUGACCAGCUAUACGAUCAUCGAGGCCAACAUAUGCGCUCCAAGAUGAUAUCACUUCACCUAACCCGUAUCCUUUUAAACAACCACAUUGCCGUCUUUACUUCACCGUUAUGUACCAUCACCAAUAGUAAAAGCAACGAGCCCACCACGUUCCUACAAGCUAUCAAGUUCUACCUUUGUCUCACUAUCACAAGGAAUGGUGCGAGCUCAGUAGACAAGGUUUUCGAGGUCUGCUGCGAGAUCUUUUGGCUAAUGUUGAAAUACAUGCGCGCACCCUUUAAGAAAGAAAUAGAAGUCUUUUUGAAUGAGAUAUACUUAGCCCUUCUCGCCCGGCGGACUGCACCCCUUACUCAGAAGCUUUACUUCGUAAGCAUACUCACCAGAUUCUGCGGAGACCCUCGUGGUUUAGUGGAACUGUACCUUAAUUACGAUUGCGACUCUCAAGUCGACAAUAUCUUUCAGACAGUGAUUGAGGAUCUAUCUAAGCUAGCGAUCACGCCCGUGGCAGUUACCACGAUCCAGGAACAGCAGUAUGAAGAGAAGGGGCUGAGUUCGAAUUUCAACUCGGACUGGCAGCUCAAGGGUAUGCUACCGCCGCCGUUAAAUGUGCGUGAUAUUGUACCUCCUGUCGAACCCGAAUUGGACAUACCCAAAGAGUAUAUGAUAAAGCGAGCAGCGCUAGACUCACUCGUUGAGGCUUUGCGUUCCCUCCUCAACUGGUCCAUGGCUGGUCGUCCAACCGCGAAUGGGGCUACAGGCGAGAGCGAAACCCGAGCCUCCACGGAUGAUGUUCGAGAAUCUAUUGAUCCAUCCAUAGCUGAGAGCAACUCUAGGGAAACGCCUAUUCCGCCCUCAACACCCGUCAUUGAAGACGAUCCGGCACAACUGGAGAAGGAAAAGGCCCGAAAAACUGCUCUUUCUAAUGGUAUCCGGCAAUUCAACUUUAAACCCAAAAGGGGUAUCAAAUUUUUGAUGCAAUCUGGGUUUAUUACGAGUGAACGCCCUGAAGAUAUUGCCAGAUUUCUGCUCUCAGAUGAUCGCUUAGAUAAGGCUCAGAUUGGCGAGUAUCUAGGAGAAGGCGAGACCAAGAACAUUGAGAUCAUGCACGCUUUUGUUGAUACCAUGGACUUCACGAAGCGUCGAUUCGUUGAUGCUCUUCGUCAAUUCCUUCAGUCAUUUCGUUUACCCGGUGAAGCCCAGAAGAUUGACCGUUUCAUGUUAAAGUUCGCGGAUCGCUAUGUGGCUGGUAACCCGAAUGCAUUUGCUAACGCCGAAACUGCUUAUGUACUUGCUUAUUCGGUAAUAUUGCUGAACACAGAUUUACAUAGUAGCAAAAUCGCGAGGCGGAUGACCAAGGAAGACUUUAUUCGGAAUAAUAGGGGUAUCAACGACAAUGCAGACUUGCCACCGGAGUACUUGACAGCCAUCUACGACGAGAUUGCCAGCAAUGAAAUUGUCUUGAAGAGUGAGCGGGAGGCUGCUGCGAUCGCUGGUACUCUACCAUCCCAGCCAACUGGUUUCGCUGCAGGACUAGGGCAGGCUCUUUCCAAUGUCGGCCGAGAUCUUCAACGAGAGGCCUACGUCCAGCAAUCUCAAGAGAUUUCUUUACGAUCCGAACAGCUCUUUAAAAACUUGUUCAAGAGCCAACGGAAAAAUGCAGCUAGGUCAGGUAUCAGGUUCAUUCCGGCAACAUCUUUUAAGCACGUAGAGUCGAUGUUUGCUGUGACAUGGAUGUCGUUCUUCUCGGCCUUUUCCAGUCAGAUGCAAAACGCACAGAAUCUCGAAGUCAAUAAGCUCUGUCUAGAGGGAAUGAAACAAGCUACCAGAAUAGCUUGCCUCUUUGAUCUGGCGACUCCUCGCGAGGCGUUCAUGACUGCUUUGAAAAAUGCUACGAAUCUGAACAAUCCACAGGAAAUUUUGGCUAAGAAUGUCGAGGCCUUGAAAGUGAUUCUAGAUCUUGGGCAGACAGAGGGCAAUAGUCUCAAAGGAUCAUGGAAAGACAUCCUAAUGUGCAUUAGCCAGUUAGACAGACUGCAACUGAUAUCGGGUGGCGUUGAUGAGGGCUCCAUUCCUGACGUUUCAAAAGCCCGCUUCGUACCGGCCGAGAGAACGAACAGCGACCCUCGGAAAUCAGCGACAUUAGCACGACGACGAAAUCGCUCUAACCCAGGCUCAAAGGGGUUUUCAACAAUUAUUGCUCUUGAGAGCAGGUCGGAUGAGGUGAUCAAGGGUAUUGAUCGCAUCUUUAGCAAUACUGCCAAUCUUCACGGCGAGGCUAUCGUUCACUUUGCUAAGGCUCUUACCGAGGUGAGCUGGGACGAAAUCAAAGUGUCUGGUUCCAAUGACUCGCCUCGCACGUAUAGUCUGCAAAAAAUCGUCGAGAUCAGUUACUAUAACAUGACCCGAGUACGGUUCGAGUGGACCAAUAUUUGGGCUGUGCUUGGCGAGCAUUUCAACAAAGUUGGCUGCCAUGUCAAUACUGCUAUUGUCUAUUUUGCGCUUGACUCCCUACGACAACUCUCGAUGCGCUUUAUGGAGAUUGAAGAAUUGCCCGGCUUCAAGUUCCAAAAGGAUUUUUUAAAACCUUUCGAGCACAUCAUGGGGAAUUCGACCAACCUAACCGUCAAGGAUAUGGCUUUGAGAUGCCUAGCUCAGAUGAUUCAAGCACGAGGCGAGAACAUUCGAUCUGGUUGGAGGACUAUGUUCGGGGCCUUCACUGUUGCCGCUCGUGAUCCCAACGAGACGAUUGUUAACCUAGCUUUCGAAAACGUGACGUUGGUGUAUAGAUCACGUUUCGGGGUCGUUAUUUCCCAAGGCGCUUUCACAGACCUGAUUGUAUGCCUGACUGAAUUCUCGAAGAAUAUCCGGUUUCAAAAGAAGAGUUUGCAGGCUAUGGAGACUCUCAAGUCAAUAAUACCACGCAUGCUAAAGACCCCAGAAUGCCCUCUGUCAAAUAAGACCAGAGCUGAAUCUAAAACAUCAGAAGCUUCUUCGAGACAGCAAAGUGGCACAUCAUUAGAAGAAGGGUAUUGGUUACCUAUACUCUUUGCGUUUCACGAUGUCCUGAUGACGGGUGAGGAUCUCGAAGUCCGUUCAAAUGCUCUUAAUUAUUUCUUCGAAGCUCUUCUACGAUAUGGAGGCGACUUUUCCUCAGAUUUCUGGGAUAUUCUCUGGAGACAACAACUCUAUCCUAUCUUCAUGGUUCUCCGUUCAAGGCCAGAAUUAACCAACGCCCUUAACCAUGAAGAGCUAUCAGUAUGGCUUUCUACUACUAUGAUACAGGCCCUUCGCAAUAUGAUUGUGCUUUUCACUCACUACUUCGAUGCGUUGGAAUACAUGCUGGAUCGUUUUUUAGAGCUUCUGGCGCUUUGUAUUUGCCAAGAGAACGACACAAUCGCUCGCAUUGGGAGCAACUGUUUACAGCAAUUAAUUUUACAGAAUGUUGCCAAGUUUACUGAACAACACUGGACAAAGAUCGUCGGGGCAUUCUGCGACUUAUUCGAAAGGACCACAGCAUAUCAGCUUUUCUCAGCUGCCACAAUCAAUGCUCCAGCCUCGCUGUCCUCACCUGGACACAAUGGGUUCAACCUUGAUAUACCAGUUGCACCUGGCACAGAGACAUCGCCAGACGAUAAGUCAUUAGAAGUAAAUGGGAUUGCAGAACCCGGAGAUAGUGUUGAGGGCGGAUCCGCACUGACCAGUGCUCCUCAGACACCGAGCCCUAACGAGGAGAUGCGGCCCCGGGCCGGUUCAGUAGCAUCUACACCUUUGGAAGACUACAAGCCCGCGUCCUCAUUACAGCAACAACCCAUCGUGGUUACAGCUGCCCGGCGACGUUUUUUCAACCGCAUAAUAUCCCGUUGCGUGUUGCAACUGCUCAUGAUCGAGACGGUUAACGAACUGUUCUCCAAUGACGCCGUGUACGCCCAGAUCCCGUCAGCAGAACUGCUCCGUCUGAUGGCUUUGCUGAAGAAAUCGUUCCUGUUCGCCCGGAGGUUCAACGAGGAUAAGGCCCUGCGGAUGAGGCUGUGGCGAGAAGGCUUCAUGCAACAGCCCCCUAAUCUGCUGAAGCAGGAAAGCGGUGCAGCGGCGACAUACAUCCAAAUCCUGUUCCGCAUGUUUGGCGAUACGUCACCAUCACGCGCAGAGAGUCGGCCCGAGGUAGAGAAGGCGCUCAUCCCCUUGUGCAAGGACGUCAUCAAGGGCUACCUCGCGCUCGAAGAGGAGUCUCAGCAGCGAAACAUUGCGGCGUGGCGCCCCGUCGUCGUUGACGUCUUGGAGGGAUACUCGACGUGGCCCGAAGCUGAAUUCGGAAAACAUGUCCGCGCCUUCUAUCCCCUGGUGGUGGAGCUCCUAGGCAAAGAAGUCAGCGCCGAGCUACGGGCUGCACUGCUCAGUGUCCUACGAAGAGUGGGCGAAGUUGGUCUUGGCAUCGAAGGCAUGACUACUACCGCUGCUCAUGGCGGCGGUCGCAGGGAAAGUGUUGUCAGCACCAACACCGCCACUGAAACCCCCACGGAUAAUGGGGAGGAAGAAGGGGAAAUGGGUACAAGAACAAUGAAAGAUUGAGGCCUUGCUUGCUUGUUAUUAUAUGUACAUGGAUGGAUAGAUACUGAUACAGGGAAAAAGAUUAUAUGGUUGUUUGCUUCCUCCCGCUCCGCCACCGAUUGUCUAAAGUUUUUUGUUGGAGAAUUUGAAUUGUGUAUAUUGUAUU